UGAACCAUUUUGUGCCCUAAUUUGAAUAGAGAUUUUGCAGCAAUGGCUUCUUCUAGGGAAGACAAGAACAAGAACAACAACACAUACAGCAGAGACACUUCGAUUCAUGAAGAAUUCGACUUCCUUGAUACUCAGCCACUCGACAUUCCUCACUCUCCCUCUUGUGAUGAUGAAUCGCGCUACUUUGAAGACACAGAGCCUUUUGAUGAUUGCGAUGAUGAUAAUAUGGAAGCUGAGCCGAUGAACCUCGCAGGCGAGACUCAGGUGUUGGAUUUCGCAGGUGAGACUCAGCCGUUGGAUGAUUUUGACGGUGCUGCUCUUGUUGAUGACUGCACACAGUUGCUGAAUGAAGAAGGGGAUGUUGGAUUUGAAAGUGGUGGUGAAGGUGAAGUCGAAGGCUUAGAUGGAACUCAGGUUUUAGAGGGUGUGGAUGAUGAUGCGGAUGUCUCCGACGGUGGUGAUCGUCAAUCUGCGUAUAACAAGCAGGAGGGAGAGCAUGAAAGAUUCUCUGAUGAGAAAUCGUUUGGGAAUAUUGAUUCUAUUGAAAAUGAACUCAACAGCUCAGGUUUGAAGCCACCACGAUUUACUUAUCUGCGUGUUGAAUCUUUAAGGAAAGCUGCUUUAGCUGCUCGCAAUGUGGCUUCGAAAAAAACUUCAAAUGGGACCAGUUCUGACAUGGGCAAUAGCCAGUCUUGUCAAGAGCAUAUGGUUGUAAAGGAUAAUGAUGAAUCCUUUCCCAGAUGUUAUGGGAAAGUUGAAGAAGUUAAUCGGGAAUGCAGUGGUGCAAAAUACAGCAUGGAGAUAGAGGGACAGAAGAACAAAAAUGCAGACAAGGUUGCUAGCUCAGCAGUGAGGAAACUUUUCAAUGAUGCUUUGCCCAUUGAAACUAAUGAACCUUCUCUUGAAAGCAAUGAUUUUGAUGGAGUGGAUGAGUUGCCUAUCUGCCAUGAUGGGUUAAGCUAUGUCAACUCUCAAGAACCUGGAGAGUUGUCGCAGCUUAAUGCUCUUGAUUUUGUAGAUAGGUUUCUCCACGAUAAUAUCAUGGAGUUUGAUCAAGAUACUAACCGUGUUAAAAAUACUACAAGAAUAACAACCACCACGCCUCUUUCCGCUAACUGUGCUAAGAAUGUGGAGGAAAAAUCAAAGUCAGUGGCCAAUGGAAAAGGGCAACAAAAUUUGGCCAAGAGAGUUACUGAUAGGGGCAAAGAUGCAAAAGCUGCAGUCUUUGACUGGGAUGAUAGCCGUGAGGAUGAAGGUGGGGGAGACAUAUACCUUAGAAGAAAGGAGGACUUCUUUUAUUGUGAAACUCGUGGAUCAAAAUCUUUGCCAGUAUCCCAGAAGACCAAAUUCUGCAGGCCAAAUAAUGAUAAAGAUGCUGAGGAAAAGUUAAAUAUCCCUAGUAGGAAAACUCGUGCAGUUCACUCUGAUUCAAGGUUAGGGAGGCAUAAUCAGAGAGUAUGGGAUAAUAAUGUAGAGGAAGCAACAAGAAGAAUAACAAGGAACCUUGCUAAGGAGUUGGGUGAACAGCUUGAUGCCUAUUGUUCUAGAGGAGAGAUGGAACCCAAGGCUAAUGCAGAUGUACAAGAAACGAUGGAUGUAGGUCUUGAUACUCAAAUGGCUGCUGAGGCUAUGGAAUCUUUAUGUGGUGCUGAAUCUCUUGCUAAUGAUACUAUUUGUAAUACUAGAAGCAGUUCAAAAGGUCAACACAAUCCUGUUGGAUCUAGGGAUAGUUCAAGGCAGUUUGACAAGAAAAGGAAAGCUGAAGUUAAGUCAGAUUUGCAAACUUCAAGUUUAUCAAAGAAAUGUACAGAAGUCGGACAGUGCAAAAAGGGCAAUAUUGUUACAAGAUCAAAGAUGACUAAGCUAAAUGCAGAAGCCAUACAAACCUCAGGUGCUAAUGAGAAUGGAAGAAGAGGAGUUUUGUCUCCAAUGGUUGAUCAAAGAAAAUCAACAGGUGCUUUGAAAAUACUUGAUCAUGGUGAAUUAAAGAUUCAUGAUAGCAAUGACACAGCAAGUGGAAGGAGUAGAGUUAAUGAAAAGCACUUACAGGAUGAGGUUUAUCAUUGUACACCAAUCGCUCGUAGAACUAGACAGUCUUUAACGGUAAAUCAAUUUAGUGGUAGGAUUGGUUCCCUUGAGAAGACUAAUGGGACUGUCCUCCAUGCAGAUGAAUCACUGGAUCCUAAUUCUACUCCAAAAGCAAGUACUGCAGGCAUUAGCAAUGAGAUUGAAAUGGAUGCGUUAGAUUGUCCUAGAAGAAGGAGAUCACUUAGGAUUAGGAAGUAUUCUGAUCAUGAUAAAGGAUCUGAGAAUUUAGUAGAUUCAUCUAAAUCAUCUGUGCCGCCCAAAGGAAAAUCUAGUGCUGGAAAUAAACAAUCAAGUAUUCAUUCUAGGAGUCCUAUUGAUUGUAAUGUUAUAGCUGAGAAGGAUGAAAAUCUGAAAUCGUAUGGAAAGAAUAUUGCAGCUGUCCGGUUGUCUAGCAAUAAUUUUGAAGUCACCAAUUCAGAUGAGUCGCCAGAAGAUUGUCACAAAUCCUCUGACUUGGCUUCUGCGACAACGCCAGCUAAUUGUAAGACACCAAUGAAUGAUGCUUCACCUGUUUGUAUGGGAGAUGAUUAUUACAAGCAAUCUUGCAAUGGAAAUCUUUCAAGGUCAUGCCUUCACAAAGUUUUCCGUAAGGAGCUCCAAAGAGAACUCCGUAACUUGAGUCCCGUUAGCCCGGAAUUAACAACUCCGUCUAAAGAUUCAAGGAAGAGGAGGGAUAUGACUGAUGUUCGAAUUCUGUACAGCAACCACUUAAACGAAGAUAUUAUUAAGCAUCAGAAGAAGAUUUUAGCACGACUCAGCGUUUCUGUAGCAUCCUCCAUUGCAGACGCAACACAUUUCAUAGCUGAUCAAUUUGUACGUACAAGGAAUAUGUUAGAAGCUAUUGCAUUUGGCAAACCAGUGGUCACACACUUAUGGAUUGAGAGCUGCGGACAAGCUAGUUGUUUUAUUGAUGAGAAAAAUUACAUAUUAAGGGACGCAAAAAAGGAAAAGGAGUUUGGUUUCAGCAUGCCAGUGUCACUUGCCCGUGCAUCCCGGCAUCCACUUCUAGAGGGUCGAAGAGUAUUGAUCACCCCAAAUACUAAACCUAGUAAAGAGAUUAUUUCAACUUUAGUGGGGGCAGUUCAGGGCCAGGUAAUGGAGAGGAUCAGCAGAUCUGUUUUGAAGGAAAAUAAAAUCUUAGAUGAUCUACUGAUCCUAUCCUGUGAAGAAGAUUAUGCCUCUUGUGUGCCUUUUCUUGAAAAGGGGGUAAUGGUGUACAGUUCAGAACUAUUGUUGAAUGGCAUAGUUAUUCAGAAGUUAGAUUAUGAAAGGCAUUGUCUCUUUGCAGAGCAGGUGAAGAAAACCCGUUCCAGCAUAUGGCUGAGAAAAGAUGACAGAACAUUUCUUCCUGUUACAAAGUGCACUUAACUUUUUAACUUAAUUUUUGUUAUGAUCAUGUAUAGAAUUUAGGUCUUGUAACUAUUUUCCAAACAUUUUUUUUAUGUAGGAUAGAUGUUGCCCCUUUAUAU